CGGUGUCCUGCUUUCACCGGCCGUCUUCUCUCCCUCGUCUGCAUUCUCUGGUCAUCUCCUGUACUAUGUCCGCAGUCUCUGGCCAUCUCCUGUACUAUGUCCGUAGUCUCUGGUCAUCUCCUGUACUAUGUCCGUAGUCUCUGGUCAUCUCCUGUACUAUGUCCACAGUCUCUGGCCAUCUCCUGUACUAUGUCCGCAGUCUCUGGUCAUCUCCUGUACUGUGUCCGCAGUCUCUGGUCAUCUCCUGUAGUAUAUCCGCAGUCUCUGGUCAUCUCCUGUACUGUGUCUGCAGUCUCUGGUCAUCUCCUGUACUAUGUCCGCAGUCUCUGGUCAUCCCCUGUAUUGUGUCCGCAGUCUCUGGUCAUCUCCUGUACUGUGUCCGCAGUCUCUGGUCAUCUCCUGUAGUAUAUCCGCAGUCUCUGGUCAUCUCCUGUACUGUGUCUGCAGUCUCUGGUCAUCUCCUGUAGUAUGUCCGCAGUCUCUGGUCAUCUCCUGUACUAUGUCUGCAGUCCAUUGGUUCAGAAUCU